AUGGGGUCUCCGUCUUGGGUGCUCGGAGGUGUCGCCGCCGCCGCCGCCGCCUCCCAGCCACGACCUGUCAACCUCCGACAGCUCCUGGCGGGCGGGGACGGGGUGGAGACCACAGCGGCGGCAGCGACUUCCGGCUUCCUGGCCGUCGAGCUAGGCCUGAUGUCGCAACGGAGCCGUCAAGCGGAUUCUAUUUGCUCACGACAGCUAGGCCGGGAUGCAUCCAGAGCAUUUGUGACAGGAGACUAUUCUGAAGCCGGCCUCGUGGAUGAUGUAAAUGGCUUGUCCUCCUCUGAGAUAUUGACGUUGCACAAUUGGCUUUCAUUCUACGAGAAAAAUUAUGUAUUUGUCGGAAGACUGAUUGGAAGGUUCUACGGAAAGGAUGGGCUGCCCACUUCAGAACUAACCCAGGUAGAAGCCAUGGUGACUAAAGGCAUGGAGGCAAAUGAACAGGAGCAGAGAGAAAAGCAGAGGUUCCCUCCGUGCAAUGCUGAGUGGAGCUCCGCUAAGGGCAGCAGGCUCUGGUGCUCCCAGAAGAGUGGAGGUGUGCACAGAGACUGGAUUGGUGUCCCCAGGAAGUUAUAUAAGCCAGGGGCCAAGGAGCCCCAUUGUGUUUGUGUGAGAACAACUGGCCCUCCUAGCGACCAGCAAGACAACCCUAGACACUCAAAUCGUGGGGACUUGGACAACCCCAACUUGGAAGAAUACACAGGCUGCCCACCGCUGGCUGUCACAUGUUUCUUCCCACUCUAAGAUGGUGGUCUGUGUGUUCCUGAGACGUGGAGAAACUUCCCUAGAUCUACAGAAAGCUCUUACGCCCUAGUAUGGCUCCUGGCCUGAAAUAGGAGUGCCAAGGACUCCAGCCACACUCUGCAAAUGUGGGCCACGAUUCUACUGGCUGAGACAAGAGCCAGAAAGCCUACCUCGGAUGGUCAGCUUGUUUUGACACUGUUUGGAACCUCUGUCCCCCACCAUCUUCCUUCAGAGACUGCAGACAUUAAUGAACACAAUGAAAUCGAUAGAAGUCUGAGAGCUCCAGCAGGGCACUCCCCUAGACUGAGUGCUGCCUGAGUCAGGUGUGGGCUCUGCGGUCCUGCCAGCCCUGCUGGCACUUGGAGCAGUAGCAAAACAGGACUGUGGCUCUCAGUGGAAAAAUCAGGCAUUCCCCAAGAAGAUUUUGCACUUUAGUAAAAUCAAGGUAAUUGUUUUAAGACACAGGGUAAUUGACUAAGCUCCUAAUUUCUGAUAUUGGUGGCAUUUCUAAAACCUCUACUCCAAGGCAAACUUGAAUGUACUGACUCCAUGAGAGCUGAGAUGGUACAGUGAGAUGAGAUAAUGAACUGGAAUAGCAGAGUCUGGGGUUUGACUUACACAAAUGAAGCACACCAUAAUCCCCUGCCCCGGUGUGCAUGAAACAGCUCUCUUUACUCAUACUGCUAGUGAAAAGUUGCCUUCCACUCCGAGUCUCUAUUACUGACACACAUUUUAAGAGGCUUUGCUCCAGGUUUCUCAUUCCCUCAAUGUGGAAUUCCUCUCUGCUGCACAACAGUAGCACUUCUUAUCUGUCUUUCUGGUUGUUUUCAUUUUCCAGACAGGUAGACUGGGCUGGCCUGGAACUCACAGAAAUCCUCCUGUCUCUGUUUCCCAAGAAUUGGGGUCAAAGGCAUGCACCGCUAUAUCCUACUAGUUCUUACCUUUUUUUUUUUUUUUAAGAUUUAUUUCUUUAUUUUGUGUAUGAGUACACUGUCACUGUCUUCAGACACACCAGGAGAGGGCAUCAGAUCCCAUUACAGAUGGUUGUGAGCCACCAUGUGGUUGCUAGGAAUUGAACUCAGGACCUCUGGAAGAGCAGCCAGUGCUCUUAACCGCUGAGCCAUCUCUCCAGCUCAAUUCUUACCUAUCUUGAUCUCUACUACUUUAAACAAAAUUACUUGACUUUUUGAGACAGGAUCUCAUGUUUCCAGGUCAACCUUGAACUCAGUGUGUAGGCAUAUGCGACCUUGGCCAGUUUAUUCGGUACCAUGCCCAGGGAUUGAAUGGACCAGAGCUGUAUAUAUGCUAGGCAAGCACUUUACCAACUGAGCUAUAUCCCUAGGCCCUUGAUCUUUAUCACUCUUGACUCUUUGGCCGUGAUGUCCUGUAAGGUCCCCAUAAAGCCCUCACUUGCUGCCCUGGUCUACCCCCCAGUUGUUCCUUCUGGGUCUCUGAAAGUUUCAUCCCUAGGAACCCCUUCUCUCUGGUGUUGCUUUCUCCUACUUGAGGCAGGACACUCUGAGGUAGUAUCUCCAGUCAACGAGCUUGGUAAUAAAGAUGUCUGGGAGCUCUUUCUGCAGUCACUGCAGGCCCCUCACUUGCUUUUCUUCUUUUGUGCACAAGAUGUCUGUGUAUGUAUUAGUGAAUAUUAUGUUAGAUGUCUUUCUGUGUUUCUCUCCAGCUUGUAUGAGACAAGGUCUCUCACUGAACCCAUAACUCUUAUUUGGCAAGACUAGCUGGCCAGCAAGUGCCUCCCCAGUGCUGACACCGAUGUGUGUCCCCAUCCCUGACUUUUUACAGGGAUCUGAACUCUGGUCCUUAGGUGUAUAUGUCAAACACUUUACCAACUGUGCCAUCUCCCUAGCCCUGCAAGCCCCAAAUUUCUAGCACCUCCAUUCUCCUUGUCACCAGAUGUCAUGGUUUCAGCUGUCAUCUUGACACAAACUUAGAAUCACUUGGAAAGAGAAUAACUAAGGAAUUGCCCAGAUGACGUUAACCCAUGGCAUGUCUGUGAGGCAAUUUCUUUCUUUCAUUCUUUAAAAAAACAAAAAAACCAUCAGGAUUUCUUUAUGUGUAGCCCUGGCUUCCCUGGAAUUUAUUGUGUAGACCAAGCUGGCCUUGAACUCAGAUAUUUUACCUGCCUCUGCUUUCUACUGAGAUUAAAGGCCAUACCUGGUCCUUUUAUCUCCCUCUCUGUGUAUGCAUGGAGACUUGGUGUUUUCUUUAAUUGCUAAUAGAAGUUGGGGGUAGGGGGAAGGCACAGACACUGUGUACUGUGUCACCCCUGAGCAGGUGGAUGUUGCAGGAUAUUUGAUCACACUGAGAUUGUAUUUCUAGUUGUUGUGUGUCUCAGCCCUUAGCACAUACCUUCAAUCCCUCUGGCUGGAAUACAGACAUGCCCUUAGGACACACCUUUAAUCCCAAACAAUGAAGGUAAAGUUAGUUCGUAGAAGGAAGUCCCCAUGUUUGAAAGUGAUGUCUAAUUGAUUGGUAGACAAAGUGAUGAAUCAGAGAACAAUUUGACAAAAUAGGAUAUGCCCAACUCUCACUAGAAGAGAGAGGAAAGGGAGGCUGAAAGAGAGCCACAGUAACUGGGAAGGUUGUUUUCGGGCAGGCAGGCAGGCAUCCCUUAACGCCGGGUGCAGGAGGCUGGAGGACGCUCCAACCCCUCCAGAGGGUGUGGGGAAAAACUCCACUCCUGUUUGGUCUUAUAGACUCCAGACCAGCGUGAGCCAGCAGAGUCACCAGGUAACCUGUUUGUUCUGCCCGAGGAAGGGACCAUUGAUCUCUGUGUUAAUUCUUCUUCUUUGUGUUCCUGGACUUGGACUGACUGAAAUUUUUGGAUAUGGGACAGUAACUUUCUGCCACCCCUCUGGGUCUGGUCCUGGAGCAUUGGGAUGAGGUCCAGGCAUGUGCACACAACUUGUAAAUAGACAUAAAAAGAAACUCCAGA